AUGAGUGAAUUGGAUGACAUUUUCUCAUCCAUCCAGGGUGGUGCGCCACCGAGCAUGCCAAAGAAGCGGAGACAUGAUUCAGGCGAAAACACCGCUACGAAGUCAUCGUCCUCGAAACCCAAGAAAAAGUCCAAGAGUCGCACGACCACAUCGUCGGACGCAUCUGAGGCUCUCGCCCGGGAGAAAGCAUCCUCUUCCUCUACGUCCCCAUCUUCUACGUCCCACAUACCCAGCUCUUCGAAGGCCGCCGUACCAGUGAUUGUGCAUGAUGACACCACAGCCAAGCACCAAAGCAAAUCGGCUCGGAAGCCACCACCACCUAAGGAUGACGCUGAUGUGGCUUUCGCAGACUCUCGUGGAAAAGAUCGCAAACGCACCGAGGAAGGAUACCGUGUGUUUACUGAAGAUGAACUCAAGUUGAAUUCAGGCGGUGACACACCCUUGUGUCCGUUUGACUGCGAUUGCUGCUUCUAG